AUGAAGAGCGUGGUGCAGGUCACUGAUGCCAUCAAGAACAUCAAGGACCUGGAAGACUUUCAACUUGCUCAAAAGGCGACCCUGACUGGCAUUAUCAUGGCGAUCAUCAAGGCAGAGCCGACUGACAGCCUGGUUUCUCCCGUGCGGACCAUGGCCGUGGAUGCCCUGUCAUACUUGAGCAAACUGAAGCCUUUCUACUCCACAGAGGAAAGCAUCCAGCUGGCAGCAAAGGUGGAGAGGGGGCUGCUACCUGCAGUUGUUCAGGGACGUGGGCUGACAGGGACGCCGCUCUGGGCAUCGAGUCGCAUCACCCGUCCCGUUUUGAGGCUGAGGAACGAGCCUCUCUCGGGGGUGACUGUGAACAGUUCUCCUUUCCAGGUCAUGAGUGACCCGAUCCUGCACCAGAAGAAGCUGCUGAAGCGGGCGGUGCUGAUGCUGGAGAAGGGCGCAGAGCAGGAGGACGAGGUCCUGAGGGUGCUCUCCCUGCGCGCCCUCGGCAACAUGGCCCUCGGCGCCCCCAGGAAGGUGAGGCAGUACCGGAAGCUCUUACUGGAGAAGUGCCUGAGUUCCCUGCGGGGCCCCAGCGUGAGCACCAGCGUGACCUCCGAGGGCCUGGAGGUCCUGGCCAAGGUCUUGGUCGAGCUGCGGGAAGGGGACCUGGGGUCCGCCUUCAAUGCCAUCUCCGAGCAGUGCAGAGCCUUCUUUGACAACGAGAGCAAGCUCCUGCGUUUAAAAGCCUUCAUCCUCUUCGGGAAGCUGGCACAGGUGGUCAGGAUUUCCAAGAAGCAUUUCUUCAAGCAGGAAGUGAAGAAAGCCUGGGUGCCCCUCAUGCUGCAUUGCCAGGACCCCUGCUCCGAUGCCGCCCAGGCCUGUGUGGCCACCCUCUUUCAGUGCGUGCACUUCUGGGGCUGGAGGGCCCUGGAGAGCUCUGCGGACCACAGUGACGCCACCGCCCCCAAGGAGAUGGCCGGUUUCCAGAUGACCCUGUGCUCCAUCCUGACUCAGAAAAAGCCUGCCGUUCUCUACAACUUCUUGCUAGAAACAAUGACCUAUGUUAAAAGCAACUUGUCAAGGAUCAGAAUCGCUGCAUGUAACUUGGCAGGAAUUAUUAUGAAGCAGAUGUCUGCGCAUUACUUGAAAAAGCUGGAUUUUCCAGCAUUACGGAAUUCUCUCCAGGAGCUACAGCUGGACUCAGAUCCUGGGGUUUGGAGGGCAGCCCUGGAGACUCUCAACAUCUUGGAUACCUGCAGUCAGCAGCGGCUUUUGGCUUCACCUGAAGGAAUCGCCUAGGUGGUCCAAGUGCAAAACGUACCUGCCUUUCUCCUGGGGGCCAAACCCCACCGCAGCACCGCGAACC